GAGGGUUACCAAGCAACGUCUCACUUCAUUAAUAUUCAUAAUGUAAUCCUUCGCUUUAGUAUCAUCAGGAUCAUUCUGCUGGCUGAGGGAAAAGUAUGCUGAGCAGCCGUGGACACUACCAACGUUAACUGCAGAGGGGUUGUCUUUCGUCCACGCUUGGUUAAAUGUAAACACCUCGACCGAACAAAGAUAGCGCAUCCGCUAACGUUACUUUACUUUUGAAAAGUGAGGGAGAGAGGCGCCGUGUGGAAGACGCGUUUCCGACCGAAUCCUUUGGAGUUUGUCACCCCUCCUACACAACGGUUGGGAAAUUCCCUCCACAUGUGAUAUAGUGAUUUGUUAGUGGUGGGGACUGGGAACCCGAUGGGAUUGAGUUCGCAGCUCGGGAUUAAGUGCUAGACUGGUGAGGGCAGAGAGGAAUCACAUCUAACGUUAUAGUUAUAUGGAAGAAGGUGUAUUUGGGAACACGCGGAAUUACCGUAACCAAGAAGAGUCGGGUGCAGGGGCUGCUGUGUGUUUGUGUGGUGUGAUUGUGUGUUGAUCCAGGAGAAACAACUGGUUUGAUACAGUUGUGAGUCAGGUCUGAUUGUGUGUGUGUGUGUGUGUGUGUGUCUGUGUUUUUUUUUAUGUGUUUGUCUGAGAUAUCUAAUCCCAUUGUGACUGGGAAGUACUCAGGCGUGGAGCUCCAGUGAGGGGCACAAAUCUACAGGCUGCAGCCUCUCAAACAUGAGCAAACUGACUUUCCACAAUAACAAGAUGAUGCAGGACCGCCGGUGUGUGUGUGUGUUCCUUCCAAAUGAUGAAACCCUCAAUGUAAUAGUCAGUGUUAAGGCAGUGUGUCAGGAGUUGUUGGUUCAGGUCUGUGAUCUGCUCAGGUUGAAGGACUGCCAUCUGUUCGGCCUCAGUGUUAUUCAGAACAAUGAACACAUAUACAUGGAACUGGGACAGAAACUGUCUAAAUAUUGUCCAAAAGAAUGGAAACGGGAAGCUAGCAAGGGAAUUGAUCAGUUUGGACCUCCGAUGAUUGUUCAUUUCAGAGCACAGUAUUAUGUUGAAAAUGGCAGACUUAUCAGUGAUCGGAUGGCACGGUAUUAUUACUAUUGGCACUUGCGGAAGCAGGUACUGCAGUCUCAGUGCAUCCAGAGAGAGGAAGCUUAUUUCCUUCUAGCUGCAUUUGCGCUGCAGGCUGACAUGGGAAACUUCAAACGGAACAAACACUUUGGUGCCUAUUUCCAGCCGGAAGCAUAUUUUCCCUCUUGGGUAAUUGCGAAGAGAGGUUGUGACUAUAUUCUCCGUCAUAUUCCAAACAUGCACAAAGAGCAGUUUGCUCUAACGGCAUCAGAGGCCCAGAUGAAAUACAUAAAGGAAUCUGCGCUCUUAGACGAUGUGUCUGUUCAUUAUUACCGCCUUUACAAGGAUAAGAAAGAGCUGGAGGCUUCUUUAACUCUGGGACUGACCUUACGUGGGAUUCAGAUUUUUCAGAAUGUGGGAACUGUCAGGCAGCUCUUGUAUGAUUUUCCCUGGACCAACGUGGGGAAACUAGUGUUUGAGGGGAAGAGGUUUGAGAUUCUUCCUGAUGGUUUGCCUUCAGCCAGGAAGCUCAUCUACUAUACAGGCUGUCCUCUACGCUCACGACACCUCCUGCAGCUGCUCAGCAACAGCCACCGAUUGUACAUGAAUCUACAACCUGUGCUGAAACAGGUUCGACGGCUGGAGGAAAAUGAAGAAAAGAAGCAGUACAGGGAGUCAUACAUCAGUGAUGCUCUGGAGGCGGACAUGGAUCAUUUGGAGCAGCGUUCACGUGCCAGCGGCAGCAGUGCAGGCAGCAUGUCACGACCCAAUCCCUUUUCACGACACUCCACCACAAGUCAUGGCAGCUCCCGUACAUCCGGCAUCGACACUGACAGUUUCCGAACACCUACGAACACACCCCACCGACCGCUGAGAACACACUCAUCUUCCAACACCAGUCAUGCCAGCACACACACGUCUGGCAUCGAGAGCAGCAGCAAAGAGCACUGCCUGGAUGAGGAUGAGAUUGAGAUGUUGGUUGAUGAUCCGAAAAGUUUUGAAGAUCUUCACGAUAUAGAUCUCAACCAGGAGCUGUGUAUUCAUAUCACAGAGGACAUGCUGUCAGCACAGAACAGCGGAUGCUAUGGGUUAGUGGUGAAGGAAGUCAGUUCUUCCACAUCCAGCUCAUCAGAGACUGUAGUGAGAAUGAGGGGCCAGAGCAUCGAAUGUCUUCCCCAGACGGCGGUGGGCAGGAAAGGUCAAAGCUCCACAGACCGGCACAGCCAAUCACUGGAUGAUGUUCGUCUGUUCCAGAGGAACUGUCAGGAGUGGGCGGAGCUUUGCCAGGACACUGCACAUAGCUAUACGUUCGGCUGCGAGCCAGACCUCGGGGACACAGUCGGCUGUGGGUACCAGGGACUUGCAGAUCAGUGCUCUGGCAUCCGGAAUAACCAGCACGCAUUUCCCAUCAAGAGAACCAGCAAGUAUUUUUCUCUGGAUCUGGACCGAGAAGAUCUGACCACAGAACACUUGACCACAGAAGCAGAACCAGAGUUUGUGGUGUAAUGCAGAGAGAAUUAUAAAGAGCCCCAGAACCAAUUAAAAGGAUACUAAACGGAAAAACUGAAAUUCUGUUAUUUACUAAAUGUCAUGUUGUUACAAAGCCAGCUUGUUUUCUUCUGUGGAACACAAAAAAAAUCUGAUGACUGUGCUAGUUGCACUUUUCCAUCCUGGUACAAUGAAAAAGGAUGGAAAAAAGUGCCAUAAAAGUAAUUUUCUGUGCUAUAGACCUUAUUCAGGCUAGUGACAUAUUUUAUAUUUGACAGGAACGAAAAUGAGGUUGCAAGGGAUAAAAGUACAGUGUGUUCAAUGAACUGUACUCGUUUAAUAACAUCCAAAACGACUUUUAAAACUUUUGAAAGUUGUGAGAUAUAAAAUCUAGGACAUUUAUACAGUGUGAACCAUUGUGUAGAUUGUAAGUCUAUCCCAUACAGCCUCGUUUUCAUCCAUGUCUACCCAAAAAGGAAACUUCUGUCAUUUACACACGCUAAUAGUUUUCCAAACUUGUUAGCAUUUUUUUUUCUUCUGCUGAUCACAAAAGAAGAUAUUUUGAAGAAUGUUGACAACCAGACAGUUUUGGUUCCCAUUGAUUUCCAUUGCAUUUUAUUUCCAUAUAAUGGAAGGCAAUGGCAACCAAAACAGUUUAGUUGCCAACAUUCUUCAAAAUACCUUAUUUUGUGUUCCACAGAAGAAAGUCAUACAGGUUUAAAUUACAUGAGGGUGAGUAAAUGAUGAUUAAAUUAUAAUUACAAAUUUAAUUCAAUAUGUUAUCUACCCUGACUAAGGUUUGUAUUUCAAAUUUUCUAAAGCCACAUAAUACAUUUUAUAGAUGGAUCAUGCUACUUUCAUGUUGCUUUUUAUAGUUAUUUUUAUAGGUAUGACUGCCCUGGUUACCAUUAGAUUACAUUUUAUGGAAAAGAGCAGUGUGAAAAGGUUGCUAAACAUCUCCUUUUAUGUCCCACAGAAAAGAAAUGACAUAGAAUUGUAAUGACAUUACGCUGAGUAAAUAACACAAUUUUUCAUUUUUAGGUGAGCUAUCACUUUAAGGUCAUUUAGUACAUGUGUGCAUGUGUAUCCAAAACUAGCAAGAGAAUCUGCAAUAUCCUAAUGCCAAAAUACUAAAGUCUAGAAAAAUCUGCCUUACCAAAGUAUCCAAAAUAUUGCGUGUGUGCUGCCCUAAAUAAACCCUCAGUGCCUUGAAUUCACUAUGCAGGUUCUCAGAACAUAAAACUAAAGUUUCUGCACUCCUGUUUACUUCCACCCUCAUCUCCAAGGAAAUGCCCCAGUCCUGUCUCCAAGAAUAACACUAAACCUAAUGAGCUUUUUGGGAUUGUGGUAACUGAAUCAUGUGAGCAUCAUAAUCAGAGGAACCAGUGCCGGGUGUGGCGCCCCGCAGGAUGAAUGACUGAUGGGAUUUCAGGCAGGACAAGGCUCUUGAUUUAGAGACAUUUGCACACAGCUGAUACUUUGCUGAUCAAGAGGAAAAAAUCAGUCUUCCAUGGAGUUUCCCGUUUUCUUUAUACAUAUCAUGACUUUGUUUAUUUGUCAAACUGGAAGUUUAAGAUUUUUCAAAAAAUGACUGCUGUGUGUGUGUUUUAAUGGUGUGUUGCCUGUCAGUAUUAAGCUGUAAAUGGGAGACAGUAUUAGAAACCUUAUGUAAAGGUUGCAACAUUCAGUUAUUCCAUUUAAGCAAAAAACAGUGCGUGCACGCAGUUCAAAAGAAGGUAGACACUAAACAUAAAGAAUCAGUGCAGAUAAACCCACUUCCAAUUAAAAGCUCCUCCUCUUUGCAUGGGCAGUUUGGAUGAAAAAAUCAAAAUUGGAUGAUAAAAGCUCAUGUGGACGUGGGCAUUCGUGUCAUGACUGUGUGCGUUCUGUUAAACACUAGUAGUCUUCUAUCUUCACAUUCAUCUCUUCGCCCCUUUGAAAAGCAGCAAUGAAUUCGAAAUGGCUAAGCCGUGUAAUAAUAAUAAUUUGAGUUCGUGUUGGAGUUCAUGGUGACUGAACACUUGCAUCCGUUCUGCGUGCAACCGAUCAUACGUGGGCUCCAUGUACUGUUUACUCUUUGUGUCUGCAGCUAGACCUUGUCCUUUCUGUGAAAGGAGUUCCCUAUGUGAAAAUGAAAUGAUUAUUUUGCCCAGUUCUUUUGCAGACCCAUUCAACUCAUUCGCUCUCUCAUGAAAGUGUAUUCUGUGCCUUGCAGGUGCCAAUCCUCAAAUGUUUGCAAUAAAAGGUACCUUCAUUUGUAAUUAAA